CAUAAAAAAGGUCAUGAUUUAGUCCAAGGUUGUGUUCUCUAUCGAACCAGUUUAAUGAUAUGAACCGAUUUGACAAAUCUAACAGUGUUGACCUUCCUUCCUCUGCUACAACGGGCCAUAUGGCUGGAUGGACCAGGAAAUUUAGGAAUUCUGGCCGUGCAAAAUGGGCCCAUGAUCCGAGAUCCCAAGUCCAGUGACGAAUCACAAUGGAGCAGGCCGGAGGGGUGGAUCGGGCUGCCACGUGGCUUCCUGACUCCAAAUAAUUGUUGGGACGCAAUUGGCUGUGAGCCUGUGACCACGUCAUCGCCCCUGCCACGAGGGACGGCGAGAACGGAACAGAUCGACGGAAUAACCGCCAAGGAAACGCGCAGACUCGCAAAUCAAAACGGAAAAAACAAACAAACGCAAGGAAGGAAGGAGCGAAGGGGCCGAGGCAGGCGAAGGAAGCUGAACGAGCUGCAGCUAAGGAAGGAGAAGAGAAGCAAGAAUGCCAGUAGUUGGUGCUGCUCCUGCUCCGAUGAGGAACCGCCUCGCCGCCGCAGCAGCAUUCUUCUUCACAUUCCUCUUCCUCUUCGUCCUCGCCUCUUCCUCCCCGGCCGGCAAUCGCGACGGCCCCCAGUUCCUCCGCUGGCUGGCCCGCCGCAUUGAUUCCGCCGCCGCGAAUUUGCUCUGGCAGCCGAUAUGCAGCAGAACUUGUGUCACGGAGAAUUGUGAUACCUUUGGGAUACGGUACGGGAAGUACUGCGGCGUAGGUUGGACUGGCUGCCCCGGCGAGAAGCCGUGCGACGAGGUUGACGCCUGCUGCAAGGUUCACGACGAUUGCGUUGGAAAGAAAGGUAUGACAAACGUGAAGUGCCACCAGAAGUUCAAAACGUGUGUGAAGAAAGUGCAGAAAUCAGGGAAAUUAGGGUUCUCCAAGGAGUGUCCAUACGAGAAGGUCGUCCCUACCAUGGUGCAAGGUAUGGAUAUGGCCAUCAUGUUGAGCCAGUUCGGUAACGCGAACGUUGAGCUCUGAUUGGAUUGUGGUUCCCUUUCUCUCUCGUAUUGUUCCAAUUUUAUCGAAUGUCUCGCUGAUUGGAUUCUUCCCUAAAAUGGGGAACUGUUGGACUGAAUUCCCUCAACCAAUUAUUUGAACCCUUGGCGGUUCCUUGUAACUUUGCUGGUGUAUAUGAAUACAAGAUUAGAACCUGAAGAGAUGUUCCACUUAAUCAUCGGCUCUCAUCUUUUCUGGCAUCUGCAAGCCUGCAACUUGUCUGUUUUGAGUAUUAUGGAUGGAUCAUAGCUUGAGAAGC